GCCAGCACCUGGCAUUGUUUUGUCUACAUACUCAGAGCUCUGUUGUGUUCCAGGAGCACCUCGCGAACAAUGCCCUCCUUGUUUUCUUCCUUCCUCCAAGAGCACUAUUUUGCAAGCACAACGCAACGCAUCCGCGGCCCAGCAUCGAUCACAAGGAAGCCUUCCUGGACCGUUCCGUUCCGAGCAACCUGCAACAAUGACGACGACGCCCCGAUCUCGACGACGGAACCACCGCAUCCCACGAUACCAGCAAAAAGACAAGAACAGCAAGAGUAGCAAGAAAGGAUGGAGGAGAAAACUAGAGUUCCUGAUACCUCUAUUGGCGGCAUACAUGCUGGUAGUCUAUCAAAUGGGGGGACGUGCACAUGGGGAUACACAACGACGAAAGUUACCGCAGAUGGAAGAUGUGGGCUUUUGGGAUAUCGAUUGGGAAUCGACGCUUCCACUGGAAUUGGCAUCGCAAUGGGGAAUGACGACGAGCGAUACGAGUGAUGCACAAUCCACCAUCAGUGGUAGUACACCUGGCACACCACCAGAACAACCAGCAGCUCUGUCGUCGUCCUUUGUCAUUGACAUUUUAUCGAUUGGUUCCAAUGCCCGACUCGAUCUACUCGAUGCACAACGGGCAACCUUUGGAGCGCAUCCCAAUGUCCGUCAUUUCAUCCAGGCUACCGAAGAUGACGAUGCCGAUCCGCACUGUUCCCGCGACCUUACCGACCAGCAAGUCUUUGAAAUCUCCAAGUUUUGUGGACGACAACCCAAUCUACGAGGCGAUACAUCCGAAUCGACACACUUUUUGCGAUUCAUGCGCAACCAAUUUGCCAGCAUUCCCUGGCUUCAAAAGAAGGCAUCUCCCGUGGGAUGGCUCUGUGCCCAACGACGGCCCAUUCAUGGACUGUACAAGGCACUCACCAUGUAUAGUGCUGGACAGCAACAGCAACAAAACAACAACAACAAUGCCACGCUCCCCGACUUGUUGGCCAUUGUCGACGAUGACACGUAUCUCAAUAUUCACAAACUGGCGCAAGUCUAUCGCGAUGACACGCCACAGGAUCCACUGGUACGAGCGGGCUGUUUGGUCCGGACACCCAUUCACCUCUUCAACUUUACAUUUGCUUUUGGAGGAUUCGGGUUGAUUCUCAACAAGGCGUCUCUGGAAAAACUGCAACGACCCUUGGGCGAUUGCACACACGGGCGUCGCCAUCUUUCUGCUUCCUAUAAUAGCCAUGAUCAUUCGAACCAGGACAAGGCAGUCUGCCAGCGACUGGCGGAAAAUCAAAUUGGAGAAUACAAGCUGUUCCAAGAACAACAGCAGCCGCAGCAGCAGCCACAGAAACGUCCAAUGGCACUGAUAGAUCUCAUGCAGGCAUAUGCCACUAGCAAACCCUACCGAGACUACCAGUCUUGGGCCAGCGAUGGUUCCACGGGCUAUUGUCUCCAUAGUGAUUGGGCCAUGGGAUACUUUGUCAACUAUUACAAUUUAUCCAGACACACCUCGGAUCCCUAUUUUGCCGACGUUGCUCACGACAACUUGGAGACUUGGUUGAAUUCCAUCAUUUACAAUCGACCCAAAGGACUCUGUCGCCACGUGUCGGCACGGCGCUGUACAAGCAGUAGCUUGGUUUGUCAUUACAUGACGGCACAAGACAUGAGGCAACAAUCCAAGAUGGGGGCAAUCAUUUGACCAAGAAACUUUAGAAAGUUAGUUGCAGACGACAAACUACAGCACAGUACAGCACAACACAACAACCAUUCCGGCUCGUUCUCGAUGCACGGCCGGUAGCACCAAUGCGACGACAGUACUUAAGUCUUACUUUCAAGCUAGCCAGCAGCCUAGCUAGUUACCUGUAGAAUCACAAAGGUGAGCUUCCAGGCUGUCAGGGCUCCCUACCGUACCGUAGCUACCGUAGUACCCAGCCAAGUCCAGACAUGGCCAAGAAGGAUUCUUGAUACUGUACUUCUCGGUGAGGGCGUUAUUGGAGUAGACAUGUCAAGGUUGCUUGUGCUCGCUCAAAGAAUGAUGCAUACGCCCUUUCCAAUUUGGUGUAUGAUGUCACCGCCACCAGUGACCAAGCUAGAUCAAGAAAGAGCAUAGUGAUGGCAGCAUUCUAGGCUGCCACCAGCCAAUGAAUGACAUCAAGCUCAGCGUUUUGCCUACUAUGAUAGAUAGGCAAUCCAUCCCUUCUCUACUAAACUAGACUAAGGCAGUGAGAC